AUGGCCGUUCAACAAUGGAUCACGCCCUUGAAGGGCAUUGACAGCCUUAGCCGGACCGAAGCUCCAAUGCCCGUACCCGGGUCGAGCGAUGUCUUGGUAGAGAUCCGAGCCAUCUCACUGAACUACCGCGACGUGGAAGUCACCAAGGGCGAGUAUCAACAUCACAAAACCGCUGAACAGGAUGCCACCAUCGUGCCCUGCUCGGAUAUGUGUGGAGUGGUGACACAGGUUGGGUCUAGUGUGACCAAGUGGACAAUCGGUGACCGGGUGCUUUCAACUUUCUUGCCCGAUCAUCAAACUGGCCAGGUGACCGAGAAGGAGCUGGGCAGGGGCCUGGGGCUGCCACAGGAUGGUGUCCUUGCAACCCACCGCGUGUUCCCUGACUACAGUCUAGUAAAAGCACCUAGCUUCAUGUCAGAUGAGGAGGCCGCCACGCUUCCCAUUGCCUCGGUCACAGCGUGGAUGUCUAUCAAUGGCAUGCGACCGAUCGGCCAGAGCGGCGGGAAGGACGAAUACGUCUUGCUCCAGGGAACUGGUGGUGUAGCUAUCGCCGGACUACAGAUUGCAAAGGCCGCUGGCGCAAAAGUGCUUAUCACCUCCUCGUCCGAUGCUAAAUUGGACCAGGCUAAAGAGCUAGGUGCCGAUUUUACUAUCAACUACCGCACCAAUCCCAAUUGGGAAGAGGAAGUGAUGGAGGUGACUGAGAACCAUGGUGCUGAUAUUAUCUUGGAAGUUGGCGGAGCCAAGACACUGCGGAAGAGCUUUGAUUGCAUCGCUUUCGGAGGGUUGAUCAACUGUAUUGGCUAUGUCUCAGGCAAAAUUGAUGCUGACGAGGACCGCCUGAAUGUCAACCUGCUGGCGCUUCGUCGGACGGUAACACUGAAGGGAAUCAUCAACGGCCCCAAGGAUCGGUUUGAGGAGAUGAUCCGUUUCUACGAAGAAACUCAGAUUCACCCCGUGGUUAACCGGGUCUUUUCUUUUGCUGAGGCCAAAGACGCAUUUAGGUUCCUGGAGAGCGGUAGCCACUUUGGUAAGGUGGUCAUCAAGGUUAAAUAG